GUUUAAAGUGACUAAAAUAUCAUUCACCUUUUAAAAUGAUUAAUAUUCAUAAAUUAAGUAAUAAUUUUUACAAAAAAUAAAAUUGUUAACAUAUGUUAAAUUUUAAUAUUUAGAACUAUAUAUAAUCUAUUAAGUUACUUUUAAAAUGACAGUAAUAUAUUAUUAUAAAUUAUUAGAUACAAAAUAAUAUAAAAUUUUAUAUCUAUAAAUGAAAUGUUACCCGCACGAGUGUGCGGGUUAGAAUCUAGUGAACUCAUAAAGGAGGAGGAUAAGAAUUAAUUUAUAUGAUAAACAUAAUCCUUUCGGAAACCACUUCUGGUUGAAAAGUCAAAAGAGUGAUUAUUACUCAUUUUACACAUGUAUAGUAUAAGCUGACUUCUAUUGAGCGGAUAUAAGAGAUUUCGUGAUAUUACUGGAUACAAGUAUCUUGGUCACAUUCUCUAAUAUAUCAAAUAUAACAACAUUCCCGAUGGAGUACUAUAAUAAGAAAAUUACAUGGUUACUUUUGUCAACUUUACAAGGUUACUUUAUAUAGCGAAUUCUGAAAAAAAAAAUGUCAAAUUGGUGAUGUCCACAUUGCGUCUAAUAAAUUAACAAUAUUCAAUAUUCACACGUCUUUCAGUUCUCCGGUCAACAAUGUGAAUAUAGAUCGAGUAGUUUCUUGGGUCAAUGCAUGGCCAUGGAUAUCCACAUUUAAGAUUUAAAAAAACACUAGUAAUUUUUGCAAGACCCGUUAACUGCGAGUUUGGUUAUUCAUGCGUUGAUGAUAAUAUGAUAUUUUACAUGGUUACUUUUGUCAACUUUACAAGGUUACUUUCUAUAGCGAAUUCUGGAAAAAAAUGUCAAAUUGGUGAUGUCCACAUGCGCCUGAUAAAUUAAGAAUAUUCAAUAUUCACACGUCUUUCAGUUUUCCGGUCAACAGUAAUGUGAAUAUAGAUCGAGUCGUUUCUUGGGUCAAUGCAUGGCCAUGGAUAUCCACAUUUAAGAUUUAAGAAAACACUAGUAAUUUUUGCAAGACCGUUAACUGCGAGUUUGGUUAUUCAUGCGUUGAUGAUAAUAUGAUAUUUCUUUAUACGAGAUAACUUCUUUUGUUAUCCAUACAAAGAGAAUGGUAGACUUUCUCUCUCUUCUCUCUCCGAGAAUUUUGAGAGAUGAAAGUUGUGGUGGUUCCUUCACCGUGUUAUGAUUAUCGUUUCUGGUACACGGCGGUCUUCUCGACGGCGUGUAGCCCGCCUUGCUUCUAGUAGUUCGCGUCUCCUUCGACGGAACCAUCCGACGUCUGGAUCUGGUGAAGAGAUUCUGAUGGUAUUGCGAUCGUCUUUGACGGAGAUCGCCGAGAAAUCUGAGAUGGGGUGGUUUGUUUGGUUUCCUCGGGAGUGGCCGAGGUCUAUCAAUGGUUCGUUAUGGUGAUGGGAACCUGAGCUUGGAUGAGAUCUCGAUUCUUUCGAUUGAUUCUCUUCAUCGUGUGCGAUUGAAGAAACUGAAUCCAUGUAACUUCCAAUACAGUUGUUGGAGGUGGUUUCGGUGGUUCUGUUAAAGGUCCCGGUUAAUUCUGGUGUUGGGGUGAUGAUUCCGGCGUGGUCCGGCGAAUUUCGCGGUCUCUUUCUGUUUUCGCCGGCGGUAACCUCGCUGUUUGGAUCAAGAUCGGUGACGGUUAGAUGUUCAGGCGAUGCAUGUCUUUCCUUAUUGUUGAGAUGAUGACACAUGUUCUCCUGUUUUCGGUUAAUUAACACGCGUCUUAUGGUGUGUUUUAUCCGACUGGUAGUUUGGGCCGGAGGCCUUGUCGUUAAAGGGUUUUGUUUUUGUUUGGCCCGUUUACUUUUAAACUUAUGGUUUGGGCCAUGUUGUAUGGUUUGUUUGGGCUUUUGCCUUUUUAAUAAUAUAGAUGGCAAAAAAAAAAACUUUUCUUUUAUUACUCAUAAAUUGCUACUCAAACUAACCUCUUAUUUUGUUGAAUAAUGACGACGAUAAUCUUGUGCUAUAUGCACAACACUUUAGUAAAUGAGACACAUGCAACAAAAGUCUAACCCACUUAUUGUUUUGAUAUUUCAUGAUUUGAAAAUGUACGUCAAAACUUCUGAAACAUAAUUAAUUUGUUUUUCGAAAACAUAAAAUCUAAAGAGGGGAAUCCCACUGAUUAUCGACGGUGACAAACCGUAAGUAUUAUUGUAAAAUCUCCAUUAGAGUUAUUAUUAAAAAAAGUUAGCCAUCAGAAUUUCAACGAUAUAGGCAGUCCGCCGCCUUUAUUGUCCCCCAAUAAAAAUAAUAUUUUGGUCGUCAAGGAAGACCGUAUUUGGCUGAAAAAACAAUAAACAACAAGCAAAACAGACAAAUUCCGAUUUUGUUACGUCAACAAAGUAAAAAAAGAACUUUCCUUUUCUGUUUAUUCCAUAACUCCUAUAAGUUGAGAUUAAUGAAAAUCAUAUACAGAACAAUAUGUAACUGUAGUACACGAUUUAAUGAGUCAAGGAUAACCUCUUGUAGUAUAAAAUUUCAAAUAAAUAGUUAGAAAAAUCUGAGUGAUAUUUUAAAUAGUUUUUAGCUUAUUGAUUUUAUUUUGUAUUUUCAUUUAGUAUAUAUAUAUGUAUAUCUCAAAAUUCAUUUUUUAGUAUAUCCACCACUCGCAAGCGCAAUUUUAAACAUUGUUGUCAUGUUCUAAUUAAUCCUGACUGCUAAAAACGGAAGAAAAUAACUAGAUAAUGAGAUGGGAACAAGACUUUUCUUUGCCGGCGACCACCACCGCCACUUUCUCUUCUUGUAAUAAUUACCACUCAGUUACUGGAAAAUAAUUCUUCAUACAAUAUUAAUAACGGUCGUGGACGUAGUGGCGUGAGCAUGAGGCAACCCGAACUAAUAAAGUCUUCUGUCCCAUGGCUGCUAGGUCAUAAAUUAAAAAAGCGAAUCUGGGACUCACUCACAUUCGAAAAUAAGAAACUUGACUAAAUUAUUAUCGUGAGUAUAAAACAAAAGCACACGGAGACUUUGUAUUAUUGAUUUGUUUUGCUUAUGACUCCUAUAUUCUUCUUCCCCCUUCCUUCGUCCUUCCUCUCUCCCUUUUAUAGUUGUUUAAUAUUUUCGUUAUAUUAGCAGACAUUACACCGGCGAAACUCUCUGUAAUUGCUACUUUGACGCUCUGUUCUUGUCCUAAUCAUCUGUUUCCUUGUUCCACAAGAACACGAGCUUUGUCUGCCCUAGAAUUUCAAGCAGCUUUUAUUUCUCUAAACUAGUUUUUUUUCUAAAAGAAAAAUCUGAAAUGGGUAAUUGCUUAGAUUCAUCAGCUAAAGUGGAUAACAGCAGCCAUAAUUCUGCUUCCUCAGCCUCAAAAGUUUCGAGCAAUACAAGCCGUUCCACAGUUCCUUUAAGCACAAGUUCUUACAGCACGGGGAACAGUAGUUUAGGAUCAUUACCAACGCAGCAUAGGACAGAAGGAGAGAUACUUUCAUCGCCAAAUCUAAAGGAUUUCUCUUUCAACGAACUAAAGAACGCAACUAAGAACUUUCGUCCUGAUAGUCUACUAGGAGAAGGAGGUUUUGGUUGCGUAUUCAAAGGAUGGAUUGAUGAAACAACUCUCGCUGCUUCACGACCUGGUUCUGGUAUCGUUGUUGCUGUUAAGAAGCUUAAGCCUGAAGGCUUUCAAGGUCAUAAAGAGUGGUUGACUGAAGUGAACUAUCUUGGUCAACUUAUUCACCCAAAUCUUGUAUUACUGAUUGGAUACUGCUCAGAAGGCGAAAACCGGCUUCUUGUAUAUGAGUUCAUGCCUAAAGGAAGCUUGGAGAAUCAUCUUUUUAGACGUGGUGCGCAGCCACUUACAUGGGCAAUAAGGAUGAAAGUGGCAGUAGGUGCAGCUAAAGGACUAACUUUCCUUCAUGAAGCAAAGUCACAAGUGAUAUAUAGAGACUUCAAAGCUGCUAACAUUCUACUUGACGCUGAGUUCAAUGCCAAGCUUUCGGAUUUCGGUUUGGCGAAAGCAGGUCCUACUGGUGAUGCUACACAUGUGUCCACAAAUGUCAUGGGUACUCAGGGCUAUGCAGCUCCUGAAUAUGUCGCCACAGGUAGAUUGACGGCAAAGAGUGAUGUGUACAGCUUCGGCGUGGUACUACUGGAACUAAUAUCAGGACGACGUGCCAUGGACAUUUCAAAUGGUGGAGUGGAGUAUAGCCUCGUGGACUGGGCUAAACCGUACCUUGACGAUAAGCGGAAGCUUUUUCGAAUAAUGGACACCAAACUAGGCGGGCAGUAUCCACAAAAGGGAGCUUAUGCAGCUGCUACCCUCGCGUUGCAGUGCUUAAACCCCGAGGCGAAGCUAAGACCGAAAAUGUCAGUGGUUUUAUCCAUAUUAGAACAGCUAGAAUCCGCUGCUAAACCUGGAACCAAGCACACGGAAUCUCCAAGAGCUCGUUGUUCCUCUGCUGUGCAGAAAUCUCCGGUUAGAUAUAGUCAAGAUCGGCCUCUGCUGAACGUAACUCCUGGAGCGUCGCCUUUGCCUUCUUACAGUCGAUCUCCGCGUGUGAGAUGAAAGUGUAUCUUUGCAUUGUAUGUGUAGUGUAUGUAAAAGAAAAGAUUUAUACAGAGAAGAACUAUUUACUCAAA